CCCUCAUAUCGCACCUGCUUAGCUUUCCAUCAUUUAGAACUUCCAAAAGUCACUUUUGGGAAGGAGGGGAUGAUGUGCUCUCGCUUGCACCCCUCAUUCCCUCGCUUCUUGCCGCUGAGGCUGAUGGGUACUUGGGCAUCCAGGACGGUGGCAGUCAAGCACCCCGACCUUCUGUCGGCGUCUCUGGCCUUCGAGGAUCCCAGUGCCUUCAGGGUGAAGAGUCUGGGUGAGCUGCUCCGUGCUCUGGGGGUCUUCCGCCUCUGCUCCUUCCCUGUGCUUGUUGACAACUGUGGGAAGCUGAUGUCGGUAGCACGCACACUCCUGGGCAGUAGGGGUUUUUCCUUGCUGCUGCGGCCCACCGUCUAUGCCCAGUUCGUGGCUGGAGAGAAUGAGAAGGAGAUCUCUCAGUCCAUGGAGAAGCUGAGCAUGCUGGGACUGAGGCCAAUGCUGGCAGUACCAAUCGAGGAGGAUCUGGGAGAGAGCACGGGAGAGAAGAGAUAUGAUGACAACAUGGAGGCCAUGUUGGAAUGUGUGCAAAUAUCCCACAGCAAGGCCUGGAGCAAAGACCCCAUGAUGCAGCUGAAGAUCACAGCCCUGAUAAGCCCAGAGCUGUGUGUGAAACUCACGACCCUCCUGGCAGAGCAACCAUGUGACCUGAAUCUUCUUGUCAGAGCUAUGGAUGGAGAGUCAAUCCACUUCCCUGGUUUAGAUGACAGGGAAGUUGCCCAUUUCCUCUGUGGCCUGCGGAGACUCAACAAAAUAGCAGAGGCAAGUGUAAACAAAGUUAGAGUCCUGGUUGAUGCAGAGUACACCUACAUGAACCCCACCCUCUCUCUUGUCACCAUGGCGAUGAUGAAGAAGUUUAACAAAGAUGGCCCCUGGAUUUGGAACACAUAUCAGUGUUACCUGAAGGAGUCCAGGUCUCUCGUGUUGGAAGCUCUGCACCUGUCCAACAAUGAGGGUUUCUGUCUGGGGGUCAAGCUGGUACGAGGAGCUUACAUGGACAAAGAGAGGAAGCUGGCAGAGAAAGAGGGUCGUCCGGACCCCGUCCACCAGUGCUGGGAGGACACCAAUGACAGUUACAACAGUUCGCUGGAUGUGAUGCUGGAAGCCAUUUCCCAGAAACCAGAGCGCCACAGGAUCAUAGUCGCCACUCACAACGAGGAGUCAGUGAGACAUGCCGCCAAACGGAUGGAAGAGUUGGGGAUAGACAAUGAUGGAGGCUCAGUGUGUUUUGGCCAGCUGCUGGGCAUGUGCGACCACGUCUCCCUCACACUGGCUAAGGAGGGUUAUGCUGUAUACAAGUCAGUGCCAUAUGGCUCAGUGGACGACACGCUCCCAUACCUUGUGCGUAGGGCUCAGGAGAACCGCACCGUGUUGCAGGGAAUCCGUAAAGAGAGGGACCUACUGAGGCAAGAGCUCUACAGGAGACUCAGUCUGAGGAGAGGCAGCCUAUAGGGGGAGGGGGGGUUAAAGAAGAGGACUUGGUGCUAAACCACUGGACACACUCAUAUUAAGGUUUCCAAUCAGGAAACAAUGGAGUAUUAAGACAGCCACAUGGAAACACUGUUGGCCAUUUGAAUAAAAUAAUGUUACAAUCCAUAUACACUCACCUAUUUCUUGGGUUAUUUUGAAAGUCCUAACCUACUGUAUGCUGAUGAAGAAUUAAAGUGAAUUU